CUUUAGUGUCCCGGCGCACACAGCAAUGUAUCACUUGUACCGAUUAGCGUGAAAAUACUUGGGUUUAGUAGGCAAAACUGCUGGUUUCAUCAUGUCCUAUUCGUUAUCCCUGGAGCGCUUUGAAGGAAAACUCGCUGUUGUAACAGGAGCUUCAUCCGGAAUAGGAAAAGCCAUUGCAGAAGGCCUGGUGAAAUAUGGACUGGUGGUAGCGGGAGUAGCCAGAAGGGUGGAACGCAUCGUGGAGCAUGCCAAACAGUUGAGAGGAGCAAAAGGUAAAUUGGUAGGCUUCAAGUGCGACCUGACCAAAGAGGAGGAUAUCCUAGAAACGUUCGAUACAAUCACGGAGGAACUUGGACCAAUCCACGUGCUGGUGAAUAACGCCGGAGUUCGCUUGGGGGGCACAGUGAUCGAUGGCGAUAUUGAAAAAUGGAAAACCAUGCUCAACACCAACGUGUUGGGCUUGGCGAUCGCCACAAGAGAAGCGGUGAAAAGUAUGAAGGCCCACAACAUCAAAGGGCACAUAAUCAACGUGAACAGUGUGGCUGGACAUGCAGUAACCGAAUUUCCACGGGCCAAUUUGUAUCCAACUACCAAGUUUGCUGUUACGGCCCUGACCGAGACCAUUCGUCUGGAAAUCAACAGGGAGAAGCUGCCGAUUAAGAUCACCAGUCUGAGUCCUGGUGUGGUUUUGACGGAGUUUCGCGAGAUCGCAGACGGGAAAGAAUCAGCUGAAGCCAGCCUGAAAAAUCCAGCCUUGGUAGCUGAAGACGUUGCUGAUGCAGCCUUUUAUAUUUUAUCCACCCCGGAACACGUCAAUGUUAAGGAGCUUAUUGUAAGCGUGCAAGGCCGAUUUGCUUAGUUUAUCGGUAUUUCAAUUAAUGUUUAUGAAUAAAAAUUCUGAUGGAAAA